AUGCCUCGGGGGCAGAAGAGUAAGCUUCGUGCCCGUGAGAAACGCCGUCAGGCCCGGAGUGAGGCUCAGGGUGUCCAGGAUGCUCAGGCCACUGCAGCAGCUGAAGAACAACCCCCCACUUCUCCCUUUCCUCCUUUUGGUGGUGCCAAGAGCCAAGAUGAGGAAAGACCAAGCACCUCUCAGGCACAGCCAAGCACUGAUCAUUACCGCAGAACCCCUCUAGAUGAGAAGGCAAUUCUAUUGGUGCAAUUCCUGCUGCGCAAGUAUAACAUGAGGGAGCCCUUAACAAAGGAAGACAUGAUGAAGUACGUCAUCAAAAAGCACAAGGAGCAUUUCCAUGAGAUCCUCAGGAAAGCCUCUGAGCUAAUGGUGCUGGGCUUUGGCAUUGAUCUGAAGGAAGUCAACCCUACUAGGCACUGCUAUGCCCUUGUCAGCAAAUUUCAGUGCACCUGUGAUGAUGACAGGCUGAGAGGUGAAGAGAUCAUGCCCAAGACAGGCCUCUUGAUGACUAUCCUCUGUGUGAUCUUCAUGAAGGGCAACCAUGCCACUGAAGAGGAUAUCUGGGAAGUACUCAAUGUGAUGGGGAUAUAUGCUGAAAGGAAGCACUUCAUCUAUGGGGAUCCCAAGAUGUUCAUCACCCAAGAUUUGGUGCGGGAAAGGUACCUGCAGUACCAGCAGGUGGCCAACAGUGAUCCUCCACGCUGUGAGUUCCUGUGGGGCCCGAGAGCCCAUGCUGAGACCAGCAAGAUGAAAGUCCUUGAGUUCCUGGCCAAGAUCCAUGAUACGGUCCGUAGUGCCUUCCCAUCCUGGUAUGAAGAGGCUUUGCGAGAAGAGGAAGAGCAAGCCCGAGACAGAUUUGCAGCUCUGCUUCAUACUGGUGCCCUGGCCAGCGUGCGCCCCAGGGCCAAUUUUGGCAGCUUCUCCCACAUGUAG